AUGAUAAAACUUUCAAAACGAGCUGAAAAAGCACCCUUCUCCGGUUUGGACGAAGAUAGAGACCAAGGCUGGCAGGGCAGGUUUGUCCGAAUCAGGACAGCGGAUCUGAUCCCUGCUGACAAAUUGUCGUUUCCCGAGAAAUGGAACCCAAAACGUUUGUCAAAGGCCACCAGAAUUCGGGGCCAGGAAACUGCCGAGACCUCAGCUGAUGAGCAGGAUACCGAAACUCUCGAUCAGGGAGACCUAGUUGUAAGGAGGAAAAGAAAAUCCUCCGAAUCAUCUCGAGCUCCUUCCCAGGCUAAGAAAAGAUCGAGGGUCGUCACUCGAGAGACCUCGUCGGAAGAUAUCUCGGCCCGUGCUUUGGAUGCUGAGGUCGUUGGUCAAUUAUUGGACCAUUUUGAUGACGACGAUCAGGUGUCGGGUGGGCAUCGUCUUAUUGACGAGCUCCUCGAGCAUGAUUUAACUGGUUCUGUUACAAUUACUCCACCGUUGGUGGAAAGUUCAAGUCGAAUUCCGACUGAGUCGAGUGGUAUCUCGAAGUCGACGGAUGCAGGGAUCGUCGGGUCGAAAGUCGGGGUCUCCAAUCACACUUCUACUCGAAGUACUGAAAAAUUGCCAGCCGCAGCCGCUGGAUCGAGGGCAACUUCAUCGGUAUCAGGCUCUAAGGUACCUACUAUUCCGCCUUUGUACGGUAUUGGUUCCGUCCUUCCGAUACAAGCUGUGGCCUCAUCUGAAACGAUAAUUUGCAUACAGGAUUCUCCGCCGCCAUUGGUGGAUAUUCCCGCCGAUGACGAAAAAGCCAAAGGCAAGGUGACCGAGCAAAGGGCGGCCGGUCAUGGGGGUUAUGAAAUACCCGCUCCGGGUAUGUUGGGUUUCGAGCAUUUGCCCAUCCCUGUAGCUGACCGUUUCGGGGUUAAUUCUGGUCCCAGGUUGGAGAAAUCGUUUCCUGCCCCUAGUGUCGACCCGAGUCGGAAGAGGCUAAUUACUUUUAAGGUGUCAGCCGAUAUGAACAUGUUAUCGGGUCCUGUUGGGGUGUCCAGCUAUAUGUACCCUCUGGUGUCCCAAGAGGACCGUAAGAAAAUAGUCGAAGUCGACGAAUCGUGCCUUUUCAACGAGGCUCAGCAUGCAUUGAAUCGGGCCUCCGUGCUUCACCAUGCAAGCUUCAAUCGACUUAGGCAUGAAGUGGGCCGACUCAAGGAGGAGCUCAAAAGUAAGAGUCAGGAGGUGGACGAGCUCAUGACUCUAUAUGAAAAGAAGUUGCAAUAUAUCUCGUCUCUCCCUGAUCUUUCCAUCCUUAAAUCGGAUUUAGCAGCGGCUCGAAACGAAGCUGCCGAAGCCAAACGGGAACGUGACCAGUUGGCAGAGAAGGUAAAGGCCUUCGAAACUUACAAUAAAUCUUUAAUAGCUGAUGCUAAUGUCCUUGCUUCUCAGGCCCGGGCUUAUGUUAGCCAGAUCGAUCGACUCCGGGCAGAGCUUGAUGGGAUCAGGCCUGAGUUUGAUGCCCUCCACGAAACGACCAUCGGUGCUGUGGCCGAACGUGAUGUUCUCCGGGAGCAGCUUCGGACGUCGGUGGAACAAAUGAAUGGCCUUAGCGCAUCACUUGCUGCGGCCGAGGUGGAAAGGGAUCGAUUGAGCCGGGUCAUCACCGAUCUGCAAGCUGAGCAUGGAAAGGCUCUUGAUCAGAUCUCGGGUUAUGACGACAUGUUAGAGCAGUACAAGGCCGAUGUGACUGCUGCCGAAAAGGCCAGUAAUCUUAAAGCUGAGUACGAGCGGUGUUUGUCCCGAAGGAAGACCCUCGAAGAAGUUCAAGCCACUGGUGUGGACUUAUCAAAUUUGAUCGAGGAAGCCAAAAAGCUUGAAGCGGAAGCAAAGGCUGCGUUCGACCCUGAGGAUUCGGAUAUCGAUCUCGAGUCAGCCGAUGAAGAGGCCGAGGGGUCGGAUGAAGAUUAGGUUCGGGGCCUUGUGCCCCUUCUUUUUGUUUUUGCAUCUUUGUUUUGAGGCCAUUGUCCGAGCCUUUGUAAAUCUACUUUAUAUAUGAAUGAAUCAAAAUUUGUGUUUGAUAUUUGCAAAGUACUCCACGUUUCAAUGUUUGCUCGGUUUAUGCCUUCAUUAUAAUUUGCCGUAUUAUUUCAGCCAGGAUAAAAUUCAAAUGGUAAUGGCCCACGAUUGGGUUUUAGUCCGUGUUGUCGUUAGUCGUAGCUUUAUUCAUAAUUUGCAAGACAAACCCGAUCGUGACAAUUUUGCGUUUCUAGACCGUGGUCUUUAACCGUUUUAGGUCGCAGCUUUCGAGCUUGCAUUUGUUUUUUAGACCGUAGUCUUUAAC